GAUUCCAAGGGAAGACGUGAAAGGAACAGACGCCAAGAGAAAGUCCCAGUGGUGAGUCAGAAAAAAAAGAAGAAAAUCUGCCGCAAAAUGGCCAAAAAAAAGAAAGGAAAAGGAACCAGAACAAAUGCAAAGCAAGGCUCAGUCACAGAUGUUCCCAUCAUUCUUCGGAGGUUCUUAAGAACAUAUGAAAACCAUUGUGCUCAAGCCCGGAGCAGUGUCAGCCCUACAAUCAAGCAAAGCACACUACGCUGUAUUGAAAAUGAAAAGAUCAUGACAAAGAUAACGCUUGCCUUUCCUGAAUACAAGGCUGCCGAUGCCCCACCAAAGAGUCUUCAACCAUUGCUGAUGACAAUCCGGGAUGAGAGGUACAUGCUGGGAAAGCAAUUGUGCGUGUGGGAUGUAACUCUAAACAAUCAAGACAUCGCUGAUCUUUCCAUAAUUCUCGAAAAGAGGGGGCGCACGGUUUACCCAUUUACUCAUCUCGAGCUGCUGGACUGUGGACUCGAUGUAUGGUCCAUGGAAAGACUUGGGAAAGCAGUUAACCUCAGCUCAUUGACUUCUCUUAAUCUAGACUAUAAUACUUUUGGAGAAGAGGGUGUACAAGGAUUGCUGCAUGGACUUGCAGGAAACAAUCAAGUUGUUUCUCUUAGUUUGUGUUACUGUCAUCUAGGCCCAGGUAGUGGGUCUCUGCUUGCUGCACUUGUCACAAAAAGUGCAAUAAGAGAUCUGUAUGUAAAUGGUAAUGAAUUACAAAGUGAAGGUUCGGCAGACCUGGUUAGGGAGAUGGCGGAAUAUGCUGAGAAUGUUGCUUUAGGUCAACGUGCGGAUGUUGCCACUGUAAGUUCAAACGUUGAAAGUAAAAGUACCACAAGGCCAGAAACUUCUGUGAAAAAGAAAAAAAAGGCAAAAGGAAAGAAGAGCAAAAUAGCAAAACCUCCAGAAAUUGGACCCUGGUUAGCAAAGUUACAUCUGGCUGAUAAUGGAAUUGAUGACAAUGGAAAGGAAGGGAUUACUGGCCCACUGAAGUUUGCCCAAGUUCUUUGUCAGCUCAUCAAGUUUUCAGGUCAUUUGAUAGAGCUGGAUUUAGAUGAUAACAGUAUUGGAGAGCUCUGUGGCAAACUCAUCCUGGAAACCCUGAAGGAGAGAAAAGAAGCUAAAUUACCUUGCUUAAAAAUUAACGUCACAGCCCAGAUGAGUGAGGAUACAUUUGGUGGAAUCUUUAAGAAUACCAAGAAGCUCAAAUCUACCAAAAGAAAGAAAGGAAAAAAAAAUAAAGUGUGAAUUGUAGAGGAAUCGGAUGGAACAAUGAAGCUGUUUAAAUAUAUUAAAAGAUUCCAAUAUAUAGUUUAAAACAAAUGUACUGCAUAUUAGUAAAUAUUGUAAUUACACAAAUGUAAGACCUUCAGGGACAAAUGAUGCUUAGUACUUAAUGUAAAUACCAGCAAGAGCAGCAGCUUACAUUUACAGUUCUUGUAGAUGUUUUCCCUCUUAAUUUUGCAAUUUAUGUGAUUAUUAUGAUCUACUGAAACAUUGUAAAAAGGUAACAGAGUUUCACAACUAUUAAUAAUUAUUAACUUGUGUGAAUAUAAUAUUAUGAGAGGUUGUAAAACAUGUUAGAGUCAAUGUGGUCUUCCCACACUCCUCGUUACUGCCUGACUUUAACAACAACAAAGAUGAUGCUUCCUUUUAUGAGAGACAUAUGGAUCGUUAGAUCCCAACGUACACGCAAUGAUAACAUGGAUCCGUGCCCUGGGACUAUCACAACCUGAAGCCACUGGGGCAUUCAGGACUGAUCUGCUGUCACCAAGACUUCAGCAGGACCACCAGAAAACAUCUGUGAUUGAUUUAAACCCAGUGAACCAUAAGUAACAAAUUAGGAGGGACUUCUUAAGGCUUUGUUUUUCAUCCAGUAAAAAUGUAUUCAUUAGGAUGAAAGUUUCCCAAGAAUUAAGAAAUAGACUAUUUAAUGGUGACCUCCAUCACCUGCUAGAUUUGAUCUUUCUUGAUCCAGGACUGGAUAAUCUCUGCUGUAAAGAAUAUCAACUGUCUGUCAUAUCAGUCUAAAUAAAUUAAACAUGGUGUAGCACUACAACUUUAUAUACUGUAUAGCUAUGAUAGUAGACAUUUGAUAUUGUUAAUGAGUUUUGUGGAAAUAACAUAAUUGAUCAACUCAUUGAAGAAAUAGACAUUUCAAGGAAGUCCUAAUAAAGUACAAUUCACUUACAGUACAAUGCUUGAUCCCUCAUGGGGAAGUAAAGGUAAUUGAAGAAAUACAAUUGCAACAAAUACAGAUGGAUAGAAAAUUAAAUAAUUGAAACACUCCACUAGCAUGUCAGUCUCUGAUUGCCUAUAGUGAAUGCUUUUCCACUGUCCACCUUCAUUUUGAACAAGCUGGUUCACUACAGUACUAUUGCUCCUGUUUUUAUCAAUCAGAUCUAUCUGUGCUUCUAUAUCAGGACUGAUAAAUAGACAAAUGUGCAAGAUGUUCAUAUGAGGAGUGGCAAUCUUUCUUUAAUUCACAUAUCAUGCUUCACUUUUCAAAAACAGAGGAGAGCAAAGCAAGGCAGUGGAUCAAUAUUUGCCAUCAUGGGGUAAAGUCAGUGCCAGAUUUCCCAUUAGACACUGUAGGCACAACAUGCUUGCGAUCAACUGUAGGUGCUCCUAGCUAUCUAGCGGCUGUUCUAGAAACUAGAUAGAAACUAUUGAAGUGAUGGUUGCUCGACUUGCUCCAUCAAUCACAUGGUUUAGCAUUAGAAUAGUUUAAAGUGCAUCAUGUCAAUCAAUGUAAUUCCAUUGGUGUUUACCCCUCUUUUUGUACAUUUUGGAGUGGAAGUACAUAGGGCCUACAAACACCAAAAUCCGGCCCUGGGUAACGUGACUUACUACAUCACUUGCUUUUGCACUGUCAUUGAUUAUUUAAGCUUUUGAGUCAGACUGCUAAUUGAAUUUCAGACCUGCUGGAACUCAGCUAGUAUCACUUCCCUUCUCCACAUAUGGCUCAAAUGCUGAGCAAUGAAACAAAAAUGUGCACAUUUUCUUUCAGAUAGUCAAAUAACAUUCCCCCUGUGGCUUUUCAUAAAUGAUGUUUUAUAGAAUUAAAUAGAUUACAAUGUUAUGAGUUUUAAUAUUUUUUAAAACAAUUUUAUGGAAGUACAACUCACAACAUUGAUGUUGAAAGGCCAGCAGGGGAUACAUUUAUUUUGAGGCAGCUUUCUUUUUUCACUUAAACCCACAUUCACGCUGUGUUAAAACUGUGAAUUAGGCCAGCUUUCAUAUUUACUACAUUGUUUCAUGAUAUGAAAGAUAACACUUCUAAGGAGUAAUGUUUGAGGUACUUCAGCUAAAGUUACCAGCUUUACAAGAGUAGCCUGCUGAAGCUACAUUUUUGCUGUUUGUUCUUUGUGGUUCUGGAGCUUAAGGGAAUGCCCUAAACUGACAGGCUGAAGGCACUGAAUCUUUUUAGUCUUCAACAUGGAUGGUUUUGAGAGUAAAUUAUAAAAUUAUUCACAAUCAUCUAAGGCAAUCCUGCUGAAUUCUUCAGAAUUUAUACUGAAAUAAGAAUUAGAAGGCACAAGUGCAAACUACAUGGAAGAGCAAUUAAAACUGGCAACAGGAAGCAUUUCUUCACCCAAAUGGAAUGAGAGUAUGGAACAAGCCCCAAUACCCUGGCUUCUUUGGAGAAACACUGUGAAACACUCAGAUCAAUUGACUACUAACUACCAAUUGAGCUAGAUGAGCAGAAUAGCCUCCUCUGAUUUGUAACUUUUCUACUGGUCUUCUAUUCAUUCCAAUCAAAUGACCACCUUUUGUUCUCGGUUUGCUUCUAAGUUCCACAGCAUCAGGUCUCUUCUUCAUUACCAAAUGGGCCCAAGAACUGGAACCACAAAUUCAUGUCUGUGCUUUAAAGAUCUGUAUUCAACACUCACUGCAUCUACAGCCUCCUACCCACUUGUACUGAUGUCUUUGUUUAGGAGACUAACCUACAGAGAUAUUUUAUUAUUUUCUUUCAGUUUCAAUCAGUAAAAUUACUAAUCUUGCAUUUCUGUAGUGCCCCACAUACACAAUGAAUUAUCUUACAGUAGAAAUUGAACAUCUUCCUUCUAUUUUUAAAUAUUUAUUGCAGAGAUAAUCAAUAAAUGUUUAAAGACAGCUGACAAUAUCUGAAUAAUGAAGCAAAGAGGGUUAUUAGGAAAAGUGAUUUGAAUGAUCUAGAUUCUGGAAUGGUCAGUGAACUAGUCCAAUGUGCAGAUGAUGUCAAAAAAUAGUUUGACAAAUUGAAUACUCAGUAAUCACUUGUCAGGUGGCAUUUAAUGGAGACAAAUAGUGAUAUAGCUGAGUGGUAAAUGCACAUACCAGAAAUUCAAACUAAAAAAAUAAGACAGAGGACAGGGAACAUGUAGGAGCUACCUAUUGACAAAUUACUAUCAUCCUCUAGACAAUGAGGAGAAGCAAUAAUCAAUCAAUCAGAAUUAAUGUUGAGCUACAUUGGCAUUUAAAGUGUAGCAUUUAAAUCAAAGGAUGUUAAAAUUGUACAAUGGACUAGUAAGAACUAAUUUAGAAUAUUGUGUAGUAUUUUGAUAAUGCUGAUUUGAAAUCAGGCCAAAAAUUACAAACUAGAUACAUUCCUAGGUUUAAAGGAAUGUCCUAUUCUAACAACUAAAAAUAAUGGCUAUAUUUAGUCUUGGACAGCUGAAACUGUAGAGAAGUUCACUUAAAACAGAGAAAAGGGGACAGAAUUGUUAUACAAAGAUGGGAGUCUUCAAGAAGUUACCCAGUCAUGUUGCUGAAGCAGAUACUGACUUGUUUCAAGAAAUGGCUGGAUGAGAUCCUGGAAUCAAUUAACUAUGAAUUACUAAAGCCUGUUACAUUCUUGUGAAGUUAAAAACAUUAUUAAAUGCUAUAUUGAAAAGCAGGUAUACCCAUACUAUUAAUACUAUCAAACUGCCUUGUAUUUCUGUUUGUAAGGGUAUACUGUACCUUAAUUGGUAGAAAUAAACAAUAUUUUUUGUUGAUGCAUUGUGUUCUUUUUUCUUGAAUUGUUUUGUGUUGCUCUGCUCAGGAAACAGUGGCUGCUGUUGACUAAUGACAGAGCCCAGAUUCAAACCAGUGAUGAAGGGGCUACAGGACUCUGAAAGUUGGGAGCUCUCAUUUUUUUUUCUGUCUGUUUAUAGCUGAAGAUUGCAUUCUCAUACAAUAGCUGCUAUUAGUUUUCCCAGCUGUUACUAUGAGACAAAAGAAUUGUUCUUUUUUUAUCAUGGUCCUGCGAGAAUGUACGCAUUCUUCAUGCUGUUAUCUAUACUAUGAGCACUGUUGGUCCUCAAACAGCUGAGUAUCUGAUAUCGGAACCACAACAGUGUUGUUUUAUUUCUUGAUUGGCGUUAUUUUAUGCCCAUGCUAACAUUCUCAGCUCCUUUUUCUAUUCCGUUUGAAGGUUACUAUGCUGUGCUACAGGAAUAACCCAAUAAAUAGAAGAUUACAUACAAGGAAUGUGUUCAAAAGUAACAAAGUUAGAGAGUAGGAUCUCAGGAUGAAACUGUAUCUGACUGGCUGUGGUUGACUGUUUGCUGUUUGUCACUAUAGAAGAAUUCACUUAGCCCUCCAAAGUAGAAGAAAAACAGAAAAGAACUAAGAAUACUUUAGUUUCUGUUGGGUCACUGCUUCAUGCAAACACAAAAUGUACAAAAAAUAAAUUUCACUUUUAACUUCAAACCUUAUCUUUCUUAUUUUUGUUUUCUUAUAUUUAAUUUUUUCAGUGUUAUAUGUCAUUAAAGCUCUGUGUACAAGGGAUCAACUAGUGAAUGAACCAAUUUUAACUGAUCAACAGAAAAAAAACAAGAUUAUUCAUAAGAAGCUUUAAUGUUGCCUACUUGUUUUAAUUAUGUCCUUAAUUCACCUGAAUGAUGGUAACUGAAAAUUAUUUUCAAAUUACAAAAGCAUGGACAGAAACAGCUGAAACGGGGAUAUGAAAUAAAGAAAUAAAAUAAAAUCUUUCUUGCAAAAAAUGUCAGGCUUAAAAAAUGAAAAGUAUCUGUCUUUAUACUCUUAACGCUUUAAAAAUGUUUCACAUGGGACUCAUUAUCACAUUUCUUUGAAAAAAGGUAGGUCACUCUAAAAUGCAGAGCUCUGAUUGUGGAUUAAAGCAUCUGCUGUGCUGAGAGGUAUUGAGUUGAAAAUGCAACACCAGUGAGCUCUCUUUGAUUGACUACUUCUCUUUGAGCCAGGUAUUUAUCUCAUGCCCAGUCUCACUCCUGAGUAGCCUGGGGGAGCAGAGUGUUUUACAUUACAGGGUACAGUGUCUACUUUGGGCUUCUCCUUGACUGGACUCAUUUAUCCUGUGCUUCUGUUACCAUGUAUGAAGUUUUUAUUUUUAGAAAUUUUGGAUUUUCUUAAUUUUUCUGCGUUACUAUGUGUGUGAUGUGUGUGUUUACCACAGUUUGCAUGUGGUAUUACAAUUGUUAAAUCAUAAAACAUACUAGCCUUUCUACAGUAUGAAUAUUAUGUUAUUAUGCUUAAUAUUAGGACAGUAUGAUUGAAUUCUACCCAAAACAGGUAUCAAUGUGUUAAAAAUUAUAUUUAAUAUU